CUUUUCCUCUAUAAAUAUCGAGAUUUAAAGCACCAUCUCUCGUCCAAUUAAAAACUAAAGGUAUCACUUUUGUUUGGAGCUGAUCAAGUCUUCAAGCAACUCUCCAGUUUCUUCUGCUCGUGGAUUAUAGAGAUUUCUAUCUCUUCCACUUUACAGACUGCGAAAUGGCGGCUUGUUAUCAUGUGAGCGCAGAUCAAAAGAAAUCAAUGAAUGCCCAUAACGUGACAUCUGAAAAUGAAAAGAGUGCAAUGGAGACGGGUGAUUGGGGAACCGAAAUCCCGAGUGAAUCACGGCAAGGAUUUGUGAACGAAAUAUUGGAUAUGAUGAAGAGGCACCCUCAAUUUUCUGGGACAGACGAUCAACUUAGAAAAUGUGCUGAAGUUGUUGAAGAAAAACUUUACAAUUCAUCGCGUGAUAAGAGGGCUUAUCAAACGAGAACAUAUACGAAGUUACAUCAAAUACGUGAAUGGCAAGAGGCGUUUUCCACAGAGAUGCCUCCUUUACUAUUGUUCCUCGAGCCACAAACACCUACAAAAUUGCCAAUAUGUGUAAAUGGUGCAGAAAUUCGAGACAAUUGGCGAGAGGAGGUCUAUCAGAAGAUCGAAACAAUGAGAGAGACAUACUUACCUGAUAUUAUUGAGAUACACGAGGAAUUUGCUGCUAAACGUAAGCAGUGGGAUUCUUUUUCGCAACAACUUGAGAUGGAGCAUCCUGACGAGUUGAAAGCAAUCGAAAUUAAGUUGAUGCGCAUAAUACUCGUACUAUCGGCUUCUAAGAGUCAGCUAGUACCUGUAUACGAAAAGGAGUUGAAUUCAUAUUAUGAGAAGCAGAUAAUAGAUUUUAUAAAUGCGUACAAGUCCAUGAAGCCUAUCUCUUUCCAGUUACAAGAACUACUUUCCUUACCUGAUUUGCCUUCCUGGUUGCCAACGUUUAUAAUACCGAAACCUGAAGUUAAUGAUCCGAUGAACCGUCAGUUGCCUCUAAUGGUGCCAUUUAUAUUACCCACAAGACCAGCUCAGAUGCAGAGCCAGCAUCAUCAAAUUCAGCAACAACAGGGACAACAUUUGCACGACUUAGAACAGCAGUUGCCUGGAAAUAUUGAAACAGACGAAUUGCCGCAUUCUUACCAAUGGAUUUUGACUCUGGGGUUCUUGAAGAAAAUUUCCCGAAUGGCCAACAUCCGGGUUUUUAUUCACCUGUUGUUCCACUUCCGACAUUUCACCUAUACUCUUUCCUGCUCCAUUUGUCCCUUCUACUUCUACCUUGUUGACUCCAUCUCUCGCACCAGUGACCUGUGAUAAUCCCGUUUAUGAUACUUCCUUUCUGUCAGAUAUCAGUCAUCAGCAGCAUGCAACUUAUGAGGAAGAAGGAUCCGAAUGUCCUGCAUCCGACACUGCUGGAAAUGGUAUGCCGACUAGGUCAACACCACCUUCGUUUCCAGGGUUUGAGAAAGCUGAUGAUACACGUGGUAACGCUUUGACGACUGAUUUUGACAAGCCAAACAUCCAAGAACAGCCACACGAUCCCCUGGUGAACAUGGCGAAACCCAAUUCAUUGAGGUCAACUGUUGUGAGCAUGGUUGAUGAAGCAGCCACCGCAGUCGGUGAGGAGUUGGCCACCAUGAGAAAGCAAGGACUGCAUGCAACAACUUUGUUUGCACAAAAGAGAAUGAGUGGUGCUGAGAAAAUGAAAUGCUAUUUGGGUGCAUUGGCUAUUUUAGUUCUUACCAUUUACUUCAUUUCGACUUCUAUCUCCAGUACUGAGAUCGGUAGAAUCUGCAGGAACCAGUUCCAGACAAUUUCCAAGUCAUUUUUUGCCUUUUUUUCCCUCA